AUGACCAUCAUAAACUCAUCAGCAUUCUUGAAGCGACUUCCAUCUCGAAGUGGUAAUCCGUCUCAUCAACAGGUCGUUGCACUUGUCGCCUCCACUGCCGCUUUAAGCGUUGCUGGUCUAUGGUUAUCGCGUCAUUUUUCGAAUUUCUCACCAUCAAAAGCUUUUCCUUUCGUUAGUCGUGGUCAACAAAACUCAAAGGAAAAGGAGCCAAAGUUAGGAUUAGACGGAUGGAUUCAUUAUCAAAAACUAUUUGCGCUUACUAGCAUCGUGGCUGCUUUUGGACCUGAUGGUAAGAAUGCAACAGGUACUUCUACUGGAUGUAUGAUCGCAUCACCAUCUAGACCAGGUUCUUAUUUAGAUCCAGAAAACGAGAAUGAAAAUUAUUUUUUUCAAUGGACUCGUGAUGGAAGUUUAUGUUUAAGAACGAUUUUAAGAAAAUUAGAAGAAGUUGAAAUGGGUGAAUUGAUCGGAUUAGAAAAUGAAGAUUUCAAUCGUCUUGAUGAUUUGAUUAAAGGAUUUAUUAUCAUGAAUCGGAAAUUACAAUUCUUAGAUAAUCCUUCGGGGUCUCCUUGGAAUGGUGGAUUAGGUGAACCUAAAUUUCUGGUCAAUGGAACUCCAUUUGAAGCAACUUGGGGUCGACCUCAAAAUGACGGCCCUGCUAUUCGCGCUUCAACUUUGAUUCGAUAUGCAAAGCAUCUCGUCGAAACUCAUACUGAUCAGCAAGCCCAGAUCGAAGGGUUGAAGUUCAUCGAGUCCACCUUGUAUUCGAAAGGCGAUCCCAACUCUUUUAUUAGCAUGGACAUUAAUCAUGUCUGUGAAACCUGGCGCCUCCCAACGUUUGAUUUAUGGGAAGAAGUCAAAGCUACCAACGGAGGUCACUUUUAUACUUUGAUGGUUCAGCGAAGAGCGGUUCAAGACAUGCUCGAUUUUGUUUCUUCGCGACCUUAUUUUCAACCAGCUGACGAAACUAUACUCCACAAAUACCGCAACACGCUGGUCGAGAUGGAUACAAGACUUGAAGAGUUUUGGAAUCCCGAAGGAGUAGGUAAACGUGAAGGAGGGCCAGGUUGGAAUAGUAAGAUCAUUGAGGAUUGUCUACGAUUGAUAAGUGAUCAAGUACUCAACAAGCCACAUAUACUUCCUACUUUGGAUAGACUAGAUGAUGUCUUUUCAGCCGUGUAUAAAAUCAAUAGUCAACAAAGCAAAUUGGACGGAAUCGCUAUUGGAAGAUAUCCGGAGGACAAUUACGAUGGCAAGGGAAGCUCAGUCGGUCAUCCUUGGUUCCUCUGCACAAACACUGUUGCCGAGACACUUUACCUAACAGCCCAUCACUUCAAAAAAACCGGUUCAAUCACCAUCACACCUAUCAGUUUAACAUUUUUCCAAAGAUUCAUAAGUGAUUUAGAAAUACCUGAAAAUACACCAUUAGUGAUUUCUCGUGGUUCUGAGAUGUUUACGAAAUUGGUCAAAGGAAUUAAGCAAUGGGCUGAUACGUUUUUAGAAGAUGUUAGAGGGUAUGGAUCAUUGGGAUCUAAGAUGAGUGAACAAAUUCAUCGAGAGACUGGAAUGAUGAGAGGUGCUAGAGAGCUUACUUGGAGUUACGCUUCAUUCCUGACUGCGAUUGAUGCUAGAGACGGUAAAGCCCCAAAUUAG